AUGCUGUCCCCUUCUCAAGCGACGCGGCGCCAGUCGGCUGCAAACGUCACCAAAGACGACGAUGACGACGACGGCGGCCUGACGCAGUCGCUCAGAGAGCUGUCUCUCGCCUCGCAGACGGCCAACCCGGACAAAUCCCCCCGUCUGCAGACUGCCUCGUCUCCCCUGCAGCCGUCAUCCUCGCGACGCUCCUCGACCACGUCGGCUCGCUCUCAACUGCCCUCGCGUAGCCCUUCGAAUGGGCGAGACUCUCGCGCGUCGCGCAACGGCACGCCUCGCAACGGCACGCCUACCCUCAUUCGCAAGGCGUCGGUGAACUCGUUGCACACGGCAAAUGGCCCCGCGGCGACGCUGUCGGCCUCGCGCCGCUCGAGCUCCGCCCGAGUCAUGUCUCCGACAACCAGGGCGGUAAUGACGGCCCAAGAGGAUGGGAAACCACGGCCCACUGCGCAUUCGAUAGCGAGAAACCAUUUCAUAGCCGAGCUCGAAGCCCUCCAUGGCCCAGAGUCCACCCUCUCGACCGAGACCAUCGUCAUCCUCAACGACGCCGUCUACGGCCACCGAUUCUCCCGCCCACGAACCUCGCGCAGCGCCCUGAGCACAAUUGUCGAGCGGCCCGAAAGGAUAAAAGCGAGCGUUCUGGGCAUCUCGACGGCCUACGUGCGCCUUGGCGGCCGUCACAGCCACGACCGCAAACUGCCACUCGCAUCCCCCGCCGUCACCAACGUCCACGGAACCAAGUGGAUGGAGGACCUCAAGCUCAUGUGCGACUCAGCCGAAUCCAAGCUUGCCAUGGGCGGCAAGGAACUCCAGCGUCCAGAGUCGAACCGAGGCUCAGACGCGGGGCCUGCACAGAAGCUCCACGAAGGCGAUCUCUAUCUUUGCGCUGAGACCCUCGAGGCCAUUGAGGGCGCGCUCGGCGCCGUCUGUGACGCUGUAGACGCAGUCUUCACCUCGGGCCAUCGGCGGGCAUUUGUCGGCGUGAGACCGCCCGGGCACCACUGCUCGGCCUCGCAUCCGUCUGGCUUCUGCUGGGUCAACAACGUUCACGUCGGCAUCAUGCACGCGGUGCUGGCCCACGGCCUCACGCAUGCCGCCAUUAUCGACUUUGACCUCCACCACGGCGACGGCUCCCAAGCAAUCGCCUGGCAGCACAACUCCCGAGCCGUGACGGCCUCGAAGAACGCCUCGGCCUGGAAGAAGACGUCGAUAGGCUACUUUAGCAUCCACGACAUCAACUCGUACCCAUGUGAGAUGGGCGACGACGAAAAGGUCAAAAACGCCAGCCUCUGCAUCGACAACGCCCAUGGCCAGUCGGUCUGGAACGUUCACCUCGAGUCGUGGAAGAGUGAUGACGAGUUCUGGCGCCUGUACGAUUCCAAGUACACUGUCCUUCUCGAAAAGACGCGCAAAUACCUCCGGCAGCAGGCCGACCGACUGAGGGCCUCCAAUCAGACCCCCAAAGCCGCCAUCUUCUUCUCGGCUGGCUUCGACGCGAGCGAAUGGGAGAGCGUGGGGAUGCAGCGCCACCAAGUCAACGUUCCCACCGAUUUCUACGCCAGACUCAGCCGGGACGUGGUCAAACUUGCGGCCGAAGAGGACCUGCACGUGGACGGGCGCAUCAUCAGCGUCCUCGAGGGCGGCUACAGCGACAGAGCCCUCUUUUCGGGCAUCUUUAGCCACCUAAGCGGGCUCGUCGGCGACCCGGUGCGGACGCCUGGAAGAGCCGCCUCGGGAACGGACCCGGGAAACAGUGCUGUGGCCGAAGCCGACGCCGGAUUUGACAGGGAGUGUUUUGCAGCGACGGUCCAUCGCCACGAUCCUGCGUGGUGGGCGAGCGCAGAACUUGAUAAGCUGGAACGACCUCCAGAACCGCCUUCGCCUCCGCGCAAGCCGCGCAACUCAACGCCGCCGACAUACUCGUCGCCCACGCAGGCGUCAACGGCAAAGGUGGUGGAUCCUGAUAAGAUGCGACGAAGCUUGUCAGGACUGUCCACCGCCAGGCCGGUCUCGCGCCCGCCUUCGCCCCCGCCCCCCGAAGUCCCAUGGGUGGUGGCAGCUCAUGAGCUUUCCAAGCUCAUCAUCCCAGCCGGACGCCAGACCGACAGCUGCAGACCCGAAGACCUCAACGCGGAAGCCACCAGGGCUCGGCGAGAUCGCCAGUCGAUCCUCAUGGGCAUCCUGCCGCCGCCGCCCCCUGAGCCAUCGAGCCGACCUACAUCGAGGAUGGCUCUGCGCGGGCGAAAGCCCAAAAUAAUCAUUCCCAUCGAUGAAGAGGCCGUUGAGCAGCGGCCAAAGUCGCGCCGGAAAACCGUUGGGCCUUUGGCUCGCGCACAAUCCUCCCUCUCCAAUGAGUUUCCGUCCAAGACUGUCAAUCGACGUCUUAGUGUGUCAUCGACUUCCGUCAAGGCGGCCAGCCAGGAGUCACCCCAGCUGGAGACAGUCAGCAACGUCGAUCGUCCGGCUUCGGCAACGAGCUCGCGGUCCCAGGGCAUCGGCAAGCUGACGGUGAAGAGGACCCGAACCACGGCCGCCUCUCGCAAAGAAGCUGCGCCCAAGGCCUCUCGCGCCCCCAAGAAGUCUUCCUCUCCAGCGAGAAAUGGCGGUGCAGAGGCUGCAUCUGCUCAGGCUUCCAGACCCUCGACAGGUCCCGAUGCGCCGUCGGAUGAUCUCGCCGGGGCCAUGGACGGCAUCACAACAGGGAUGAAGAAGAUUAGGAUCAACCUCAUCACGCAGUCCCAACGGGAGGCCAAGGAAAAGGCGCGGCUCGAAGCCGAGAAGGCCGCGUCGGCGGCUAGCAGUGACAGCCUUUCGAUUGCUGCAUCGACAGGCCAGCCGCCCCUGGCCGGUCCAAAGGCCGAAAACGACGACAUCCCAUCGGUCUCUAUUGCGAACGGGGCUGGCGGUGUGGCAGAACCAGCACCAGCAACUGCGCCAUUGUCGCAUCAGGCGAUGUCGUCUCCCAGUCUCCAGUCUCCGAUUGAAGAAUCCUCCCCGCCACCCAUGGCCACACCCGAUCCUCGACAACGUGAACCGGCCCAGCCCGAGAGCCCUCUGGACGUGCUACGCAGGAACACGCAGCAAUCUGGCAAUGGGGGUGCCAUGUUUAUUCCCUAUCAGCCCGAAGGGUCGACGCCGGUGGCGGUUUCUCAGCAGGAGCCGUUGAAAUGGAUGCCCCCCAACGUGCCAACGCCCACUGCCAACACGCCGGUGGCAACGCCCAGCCCAGCCAAGAGGCAGGACGCCUUGUUCCACUACACGUCCGGCAUCCCGUUCGCGCCGCGACUGGAAACGGGGGCAGAUCAGGGCCUGUCUUCGGUUUGGGAAGUGCCCGAAACGCCUCAGAGAUGA